UUUUGGAAACGAGGCCAUCAAAUAUCUGUGCGUCUUUUGACAUGUUUGUGUUGCGAUUUCAAAGCUCGACCUGCACUGCAAUGACUACUAGACAGCUGAUUAUCCUGCCGGCUUUGUAUUAACAAUGGGAUAAUCUACAAUCCGAUAAAAUAGUGUAAUAUCUCCAUCCCGACGAUCAUCUCAUGUGUUAAGACUCGUAAUUGGGUCAACGUGUUUUGAUUUUCGCUUUUCAUCUAAGAAAAUAACAGUCAACACUCAGUCAACACUGGUGACUCGUGCGAACAACACGGAACACACCUGUUUUUAAAACAGUUAGUUAUAAGUUGGUUUUAUUUUUAGACCGCGUCUAUUAUCGUCACACAAACUUUCCGGUCGCCCUGUUGUCGGGUGGUUGCCUCCUGUUGAUUUAUCAAGUAAUGUAACAAACUUUUGCUAGUCAUCUGUCAUAAAAAUAAAACACAGACAAUCAUGGCUUCUAGUUCUGUAAGCCAGGAGAGCUUAGACAUGGAAGACUUGGAUAACAUGGCCAGGAGGAACAGGAUACGUGUUCAUCGAGUACACAGUGGCCGAGGGGCCUUGCCUCACAGAGCUCCCCCAGAUAACCUGGAUGGAGGAGAUCAAGAAAGUAAGAGCGCUGACCACCUCAAUGGUGAGAUGGGCACGGGAGAUGGCUUAGGCCUAUCUGGGCAUGGUCACCUGCCUGUUGACCAUGAGUCCCCGACAAGAGGUGCGGCUGCCAGGCUCAAGGAAAAAAGAAGCCGAGCCAAUCAUAUGAAGGGAAAGUUGCCGAAAGACAAGAGGAAGUUGAGAGAGAAACGCAGGAGCACCGGUGUUGUUCACUGCAUGCCAUCCACUGAAAGCACUGGUGAUUCCCUUGAUGAUGAAGAUGAUGAUGAAGAUAGUCAUGGCCAUGACACAAAGAAAAACACAACUUAUAAUGAAAGUUCAAUAGGAGGUCGUCACCAUGACAACCUGUAUGAGGGAAGACAUUCCUCAAAUCCAGUCUAUUCCCAUCAACGCAGGAACAAAAGCCCAUCUGAUCUUGAAGCUGAUCUGGAAGACAAUCAAGACUAUGAUAGCACUGUCAGCCACUCUGAGACUAAUCUUUCAUUAAUCGGUCGUUCCGAGUCUUCUGAAAUUUCACAGAAUUUACCUGGACGACAAGCAGGAAGUGUUGGCGGCCGGCUUGGUGGCAGCACUUUCAAUGCCAGGUACUCCCCAGAAUCAAACCGUGCUCUCAAAUUUGCCACCAGCAACGUCUCAAGCGAUGCUGAUUCCUCUGCAAGAACUUAUACACCCUCAACAUCCUCCUCUUCUUCUUCUAUACUGUCUCGGUGCCGGGACCCAGAAUCCCCACGCUCCACGACCGGCGCUUCGGUUGGUAACAACGGCACAAGCACUGAACCAGACUCUCCUCGCAGGAUUAACACCGCAACCACAUUCACACCAGCUGAUGCUAAUCAAAAUCAACCUAUACAACCAAAGUCUGGCACGUUUUCCGUUUAUCGUGAAACAAAUCCUCCCACAACCAAGAGUGACAAACCACCCUUCUCGUCGUAUGUUGCUAGUGCUUCAAGGUUUAAAGAUCGAGAGGGCGGAGCAUCAGGAGUUGGAUCUAUACAGAGCAGACUGGCAAGCUACCAGUCUCCGCGGCCAUUUGUGUCGUCCACUCUCAACUCCUCAUCGUCUACCCAGCAACAGAAUGACACCAUUGUACAGCUAGAAAAGCAACUGGAAAAAGAAAGACAAGACAACAAAAGGUUGCAGCUACAGCUGGAGGAGAAAGACAAAAAAAUAGCCGAGCUGGAAAAGGCUAUUGAACUGUUGAACACGGAAUGUGAUGGUUUGGAUGAAGACAAUUUAAAACUUCAAGAGGAGAACAAAGCCCUCAUCAGAGCUAUGUCUAAGCUGACAUCAAAUGUUUAAUGUGUUUUUUUUAAACAUUGAUCUCCAUAAUUUAACUGUAGUCAUUUAUUUAAAAUCUGUGUGGUUAUAUUGUAAUAUAGAAAUUUUGUGACCUAUUUACAUUACAAAAAGUUGGUUGUGUAUUAUUGUACACAUUAUGACUGAGAUUUGAUCUUUACGGAGCUAAAAAUACAUGGGUACAGCAGUUAUAAUUAAGUACCUUGUCCCAUGGAGAGGGUAUUAGUUUCAGUAAUAAGUUUGUGAACAAAAUAUAUCACAUACUAUCCUAUAGUAAAUUAUUAAAAGAACUUUGAGAUUCAAAGCAUGUUCCCAUGGAAUCCUUGCAGUAUAGGCUUAGUUGCUUAAUCUUGAAGGCAUAAGAAAUAAUUCAUGCAUAGAAUGGUUCAUAUUUAUCUGUAUAUUGAACUAGCUCAUUUGCAACAACUUUUUAAAAAUUAUUUUUAAAAAUUGAAUCAGUGUAAUUUUUUUGGUUUUUUUUUUUUUUUUUUUAAAUUAUUUCAAGUGCAUUUGUAAAAAAAAUGUAUGUAUUUGUUUUGUAAACUUAUUCAUAAGUAACAGUAACAUUGACUUCAAAAAAAUAUUAUAAUCAUGUUUUUUUUUAGCUAACAUAUCUAAUUAUUUGCUUAACAACACUGGAAAUUUGAAUGUAGAAUUUUAAAAAACAAACUAAUCUAACUAGACCUGUUAUAAUUACUGUUAUAUUUGAUUUUAAAAUUUAACUUAACUAUAAAAUUAGGCUGAAAUGAUUUUUUUAAGGUUACCAUAAUACUCAGUUUAUCUUAAAUCUUGCUUUAAUUAGUUAUACAUGUGUUGAUGUCAAAACAAUGUACAAAAAACAAGGGAAGAUCAUUCCAAGAUAAAAUUAAUUUUACCAUUUUAUCAACUGCACUCAAUACUUCAUCCACAUUUGAAAUAAAUUUAAAAAGCUUGUAUAAAGAAUGCAAAGGAAAGGAUUAAUUUUAAACACAAUUGUUUAUUACUAUAACUUUAUACAGUACUUAUAGAGGGAUAUUUCUAACUUGGAAGAAACUGUUUAGCUUAACCUAACUGAAAUCUAAGAUCUACAUAACAAUUAAAAAGUAGUUCUGGUUAUUAAAGAGCUGCCACUUGCGCAUGGCAUGAUAUAAAGUACUGUAUGCUCAUUUUUAUGUAAAAACUAAUGAACUGUAAAUGCUUUUUUUUUUAAUGCAAAUUCUUUAUAAUGUUUUAGAAAAUUAUUAAAGGCGUAUGUCCAUGUGUUCAGUGUGAAAUCUUAUGAAUCAACUGUUUUAUUUAUUGAAUUGUUCAUUUUAGACCUUGUUCAUUUCAGCAUAAUCAAGUGUAUUCAAAUAAAUCUUUCAAGGAAUAUUCCUAUGGACUGUAUACUGACAAUAUUAUUGUCUGGAAGUAUUUGUAUUUGUCUUGGAAGCGCUAAUUAUCUGAAGAUAAGAUGUAAAUACACAGACUCAUGUUGUCACUAUGUAUGUUAAAGUAUUUCCACUGUUUAACUCAAGCCUUGAUGAGGACUGAUGAAUGUCAUGCGUUGAAGUGUCGUAUAUAAUAUUAUUUCUCCUGUUUAAAAAUAGUAACCUGAUGUAUGAUAAUGCUUCGUCUAACUACACCUGUCAAUUUAAGGCAACAUUUCUUUAACCCUGCACCUAGCUGUUCUUCUGGGAGCAGAAACCGUAAAAAUAAAAAACAGGUAACUCUAGGCCACGACUGCUUUGUUCUUUCAAAAUAAAAUAAUUAUACUUACCUAUUUAUUUUACAAAAUGAGUUUGAAGUGGUUCACAAGAUGUUUGGCUAAUGCAGAACAAAGCAAACUGAAGGAGAACUAGACCUAGAAUGUGUUGUUGUAUUAUAUAGUUGUAUUUUAUUUAUUGAAGUUUGUUGAUGUGGUUAUACAAGCUUGUCAUAAUUUUAUACACCAUUCCAUAAUAAGUGAUCAAACCUAGGUUGUAAAAGAUUCAAAAGGUUGCAAAAAAAAUAAUUUAUCAUUAACGACACAUUCUUUUGUAAUUAUUAAAUUGUCCAUUAACGUUGAAUAUUUUGCAUAUAGGACUAAAACUACAUUUUGUAUAUACAUCAAUGAAUAUUAGUGGAAUUUUCAUUUAAAAUCAGUCUUUCAUUAAAAUUCCACCCAUGAGGUUUUGACCACCCAUCUCACAUUCAGCUUGUAUUCUUUAUAAUUGUAAAGGUUUCUUGGUAUCAUCUUUUUACAAUGCACACUUAAUUCUUUCAAAUAUUUUCCUUUCGGCUUCAUAAACAUUUUUUUUUUUAGUAUUUUAUAAUUAUUAGAAAUGUCAUUAUCCAAUUUUAGAAAUUGUCAGAACUUUAAAUUUCAGCAUUAAGCGUUGUGUCCAUACCAGUCAUUGUAUGUAUUAAUAAUUAAAGGUUGUUUUUUUUUUUACUUUUUUUCUGCAAUAUGGGUUGUCAAAAAACUGUGAGCAUUUAUUUAAUUUUUUUUUCUCUAUUGAAAUACUUGAAUUGUUGUCUUGUCCAGAAUGUUUUAAACUAUGCAUCAAACAAAAUUUGAGUUAUACUUCUGUUGGUAGAAAAUUGUUUAAUGUACUAUGCAGAAGGAAUGAGUGGGUAGUUGUUUUUUAUUUUCAAAAUUAGUGUUUGUAUCCCUUGAUUAACUUCUUGUUACUUCAUAGGUUGUGGAUAUUGAAAAAUCAGUAAUUUGUUUGUAAUAUACCUAUAAAACAAAAUUAUAUUCGUCAAUUUUACACAGCUGUCUAGGCAUGGUUUUUAUUUUUGUUAAAGCUACAGUUGAUUAAUAUUUGAAAAUUACCAUUUAAGAUUAUACAUAUUUUUAAAAAUACAUUUUUAUUUCUUUAGGAUAUUUGCAUGGUAUACUGGUUAUUCCUGCUGUACUAAUAUUAAAAAAAAAUGUCUCGAUUUAUUUAAUUUUUUUAAAAUUUAGGAACUAAUGUGAAGCACUUUGAAAAUUCCUAACAAAAACUCCUUAUUUAAAAUUAAAUCAACCACGUAUACUUUUCAAGACUCAAUCCCGUUACAUUUUUAUUUUACAUUCCACCAAUUGGUUUUCAAUUUUUACAGACAUUUAAAACUGCUACUCACUAUGUUUUUGUAUUUUGUGUGAGGAUACUUGGUAUUUUAUUCUAUUUUAGAUUUACAUUUAAAACUAGUGGACCAAUUGUAUUAAAGUUUGUACACAUUCAA